CAAAGUUAUGGUACGAAUAUUUUCACCUCCCAACGGUAAUAACGGGGACCACAGCUCCCUAAUGCUCUCAGUAGAUGCUCGCAAGAAACAAAUAACCCUCCAUGACCCUUCAACGAGUGGGUACGUAACAGCUGCUCAUCGGAGAACAGGCAUUGUUGCUCCGAAGACGUUUGCUUUUGAUGCAGUUUUCCCGCAAGACGAUUCGCUGACAGAGAUAUGCGCAAGUACCCUUACGGAUAUUAUACAGGGUGUGGUCAGUGGAGCAGAUGGUUGCAUAUUUUCCUUCGGAUACUCACGAGCAAGCAAAUCACACACUAUGUUUGGGAAGGACCAGUCACCCCAAACCCUAGGUCUCAUCCCCUGCGCCAUCGCUUGGCUAUUCCGUCUUAUCGACGAACAUAGAGAUGCAACAGGGGCUCGAUUCUCCGUCCGUGUGUCAGCAGUUGAGGUAUCAGGGAAGCAAGAAUGUCUAAAAGAUCUCUUAGCUGAUGUUGCCCAAGUUGGUACGGAGACAGGCGUCUCCACCGCACCUGGGGUGUACCUCCGCGAGGACCCAAUUUGUGGUACGCAGCUGGAAAACCAAAGUGAGCUAAGAGCUCCGACUGCCGAUCAAGCUGCCUACUAUCUCGAUGCAGCGAUUGCAGCGCGAUCUACAUCCGAUGAAGAAGAACUACGCCAUUCUCAUUUACUAUUUACGUUACAUGUUUACCAAUAUCGCGUGGAAAAGGCUAACAAAUCUGGACUCCCCGGAGUGGCAGGUGGCAGGAGUCGCUUACAUUUUAUCGAUCUCGGAAGCUGCUCAAAAUCGAAGGACCCGAAUAACGUCUCACUAAGCAUUUCGGCCCUUGGAAAUGUUAUAUUGGCCCUUCUUAAUGGACAACGACACAUACCUCACAGAGAUGCCAAGAUUGCAAGGCUGUUAAGAGAUUCCCUCGGUAACGUGUCGUGCCGUACCUGUAUGAUAGCACACGUGUCAGCCACCACCGCACACUAUAGUGAAACAUUACAGGUGAUCCAACUUGCCUCACGGAUCCAUCGUCUGCGCAGACGCAAAAUAAAGUUUUCGAGCACAAGUUCUGAAGACAGUUCAACGGAUGAAUCGGGAAGGUUACGAAGACCUUUAAGAGGGUUUCGAAUGGGAACCCUUAGAGAAGAUUUUCUCUACUCAUCGUCCCUAUCCGACCCGGAUUGCACUUCAGGGAGCGAACAGUCAUGUGACACCGUGAUAUAUAUGGGUAUCAAUGGGCAGUCGUUAAGCGAUCGGGAGCUUACAGACAACGAGGGCCCGCCAAAAUCCCUGCCCUUGCUCCCUCGAACUAACCCACGCCUGCCACGUCGAACAAGCGGGUCCAGAUCAUCGGGAGAUGAAGGAUCCGCGUCCGACACCGGUAGGAAAUUUUCCCCUGUGGAUUCCGGCCGUGGUUCUGUCAACAAACUGUAUUAUAACCGGGAGCCGAGCCCUCAAUCGCGAGUUCCCCUUAUGUCACCCGUUACAACAGCUCCGAGUUCCUCACAAGACGGUCCUUGUCCGUCACUGGUGCCCUCUUCUUCUACCGGUUAUCAAGUUGCCCGUAGGACAAAUAUCAAACAGAAGAUGCCAUUAUCGAAAUUUAAACCUGAAGGUGGGGUCAACGGUAGACAUCAGAUCAACAACGAAGGCCCAGAAUUUCUGGAGCAAUGGGUAGACGGGCCCGGCGCUGCUAUCUACCCUGAUAAAAAGAGUACGGAACUGUGGGUUGACGGUCCUCAGGCUUUUAUGGUGAGGACCAGCAACGGAUCUUCAAGGAAGCAGCCUCGGGGUAUUAAAGAAACCGACGAGGCUUUUAGGGGUCGGGUCUGGGUUUCUAAGAGACGAAAUGGAAAUUUUUCUGAUGGGGAUGUCCAAUCUUUACGAAAUAUCGCAAUGCCAAAAGAGGAUUGUGAGUCAGAGCGUUGGAUAGAUGGGCCUAGCAGUGGCGCGGAUAUGUCUACGAGUGACACACGGGUAUCGAAUAUCAACCAAGCGAAGCACUUUGGGCCAAGUGGCAGAAAGAAAUCCCCUUCGCAAACAAACCAGCCGUCCACGUCUAAUCGCAGAUCACCAGAUAGAAGUAUCGUUGUGCCACCGUCCUCAACGCUUCCUGCUCCUAUCGACUCGAAGGUUUUACAGCAGCGAGGGGCCCCUAACGAGGGAUCACGACCUGAAAGUACAGCCAGUGUUGAUUCUAUAAAUGCUGAACCCUCAGAUUCAAGGCCGGUGAGUUUCCAUAGUAACGUACAGUCGACAGAGGAUGAUAUUUCUGUGGAAGCCAUCGGAAACAGCGUUGAUAAUUGCAUCGAGGGCGGUUUGGAAAAAUUCGUUACGGGCUGGGUUGACGGCCCUCAAGCUUUUGUGGUGAGGACAAGCAACGAAUCUUUACCUGCGCCGGGCGAAGAAAACGACCCGAACCUCGGUUUUAUAGUUGAUUCCUGUAACCAAGUCAUAGGAAGUUUAGAGCCCUUCUCAAAUUACAGCCAACCCCAAGAUCCCAUUAAACCAUGCGCUGCGAUAAAUAACAUCCAGUCGCCCUCGACGAGAAUCGAACCUGCCACAGAAGCAACAGAUUGUGUUAGUGUGAAUGCUCACACGACAAGAAGAGUCGCUGAGUGGCUGAAAAGCGUUUCAACGGAAGACGAGGUAAGCAAGUCUGAAAUUAAACCUGGAAAUUCAAGUUCGAAUUUGAGGUUCGGCGCUUUGAAACAUGGCGGGGUUCUCGGGUUUGAAAGUUUAGCUUCUAUUGAUGCUAAAGCGCUUGGAAAAGAGAUCGAUAGGGUUUGGUUUACCGAUGAAGAAGUUACCAGCGAACAGAAAUUUGAAGGGUUCUAUAAUUGUGGUGAUAUUGUCAAUGAUAAUAACCCCGAGACAGAAUUUGCCAACCUCUUGAUUUCAAACCGCGAAUCAAUCUAUGAAAUUCAGGCAGAUCAACAGCUGGAGCUCGCCAGGAAAAAUAACCCCGAUGCAACAACCGAUGACGAUACGUUCAGCUCUGUGUCUUUUCCGAAAGAAGAUCCCGAAAGCUUGGCUAUUGCGCAAGAAGAGGAACGUGUAAUUACAGUCCAGAAGCUCAAAGCCCUUAAUGCAGCCCAUAGCGAGCAACCAACACUGAUGAGAGAUGUACGAGGCCAUUGUCAGUAUGAAGGAAGCAAACUCUCCGACCUCGAGGAAGUAUCCGAAGAAGAAUCUGUUUUGGAAUGUAAACUAUUAUGUUCCCGAAAACCAGACGGUUCAUCCGGACCGUAUUUAUCAAAAGAAAUAUUUCACGAAGACGGUGGAGCAUUUGACGUAUCCGUUAUAAAGCAAAAUUACACGAUUAACCCGACAUCGUCUAGCGUGUAUAUAGCCACAUCGAAACAAAUGUCGGAAAAUAUUAGUUUAUUGUCAAACAAUAGCGAUAACUUAGAAGUGUCAAGUUUAUCAGGAUAUUCAGUCAUUUCACCUUAUGGUGAUAAUAAAGGGUCGAAAUUCUCAGGAUCUCAAGUCCCUGUGUACAAUCUUAAUAAUGUAACACCCUUGUCCCCCGCAAUGUUACGGCGACCCCUAAAUAAGAUCAAUUCGAAGUCCAAGGAAGCUGAUGGGUCGUUUUCACCUGGGAAAAUUCAGUCCGGGCUUGGUGAGGUUUUGACAUCAUUUAGCCUUACUAAUCAAGGGUCGCAAGAAAGUUCGUCUCCAAAGAUCCAAACGAAAUUUGUCGAGGGGUCGGGUUAUAUCAAUCAAGGACCAACACUAUUAACAUCAUCUCCAACAAUUCAGAACAAGGUGGCGCCAUCUACUUAUAACAGUCACAUGGGGCCAUCUCUUCCAAUCUCAUCACCAACGAUUCAAGUUAAAUAUUUUAAGGGGCCACUGCCAGCAUCCCCAUCACUUACAUCAUCGGGCCAUAACAAUCAAGUGCCUCACCCAGGGUCAUCUUCACCUUCAUCUCCCACAGUUCAAGCUAAGCAUUGCAAGGGGUCGACAGCUUCAUUAACGUCACCUACCCAUAACAGUAGGGCCAAAGAGCGAGGUUCCAAAACAUCAAAGUUUGUCACACAAUCAACGACAACACCAAACCCCCGAAACAGAUCUUCUGGUUCAAAAUCGCAAUCCCCUAGUCGCACAAGGCUUCCGUUAUUCAACCCUUCGAAUCUCUGUCAAUUGACGAAACUGCGCAAGAAGGAUAAAGCAAGUGUGGAAAAGGCGACCCAAUCGAAGCCACACGAUGAUGGACAAAAGGGCUGGAGUAAGGGUUCUGAAACUGGGGUCGAAAAGACAACCCCAUCGAAAGUACACGAUGAAGGACGGAAGGGCCGGGUUAAAAAUUCAGAGGUUGCAGUAAAGGGCAAUAGAAUUGUUGGAGGUGAGGAAGCUUUAUUGUCCCCUUAUGCAACGGUUACAAAACCCCGGGUGGUCAGACAUUCGAGUAGCGGUCAUUGCAGCGAUAAUAGCAGUACGGUUAGUACAGAAAUACGUCCACAGAUGAGCAGUCGUUCAGAAAAGCUACAUGGUGGAGGAACCAGCAGUGGAUACGAGAGUAUGUUAAGGGACAGUGAGGCGACUGGAUCUUCAUCGUCAUCGUCAUCGGCCCAUGAGGACUCAGCUAGCGAGUGUUCGUCCAGCGAUCGCAAAAAAGGGACACGGAGAAAAAAAGUGCCAGGGUCCCGGCGUAGUCGUUCUGCUCCGGCUAGGUCAUCAUCGGGCAGUCCACUUUGUGGCUUAAAGGUAGAUGCCAACGGCCAACAGAUCCCACCUAGUCCUUCAUCAAAAGCCUGGGUCGACACACGACAAAUUCAAAAACUUAAAGAAGAGCCAAUGGAAAUACGUAACUACGACAGUGAGGAUGUUGAGAGAAUGCAUCGUCGACGUAAAGAUGAACUUGAGGUCUAUGAACAGCGACGUGAAAGAGUGCUUGAACUUUUAAACAAGCAAGAAGAACUUAAGCAGGAGCUGACCUCAGCUAAGGACCGUCUCAUGAUUGAACAAGCAUCUUGGAACUUUGACUGUGAACCAGUCGGAGAUAUUGACUAUGGCAAUGCCAGUGAUAUUCAGAUUUUAGAAUAUGAAACUGCAGUGUUGGAGAGAAGAGUUGAAGCAUUUAAAUCUCAUCUGAUGAUUAUUACAUCGUUUGACGUCAAGGUAAAAUAGUGUCCGCAUAACAGACAGAUUUUUCUAAACACUGUGGACAGAACUUAAAACAUGCUCAACUGCAAUGAAUGCAAGGAUAAUAUUUGUAAUACCAUUGAAAUAAGUAAUGAUUAAACUUACCAAAAUGAUUCAGCAAAAGAAAAAUAAAGAAAUAUAAUUCAACGAAUAUAUGUAUGUGAGAAUGUGUGCUUAGGAUUGUGUUCUUAUCUGUGUCUAUGUCUGCAGUGUUGCAUCAUUAGGUAUAUCGGUUUCAGAAUUUUGUAUGUAUG